AGCGUCAUCGUCAUCACCAGUUGCCUCGAACGAGCGACUCCGACUUCACCAUUGAGCUCCAACCGCGAAGCCAACCCGCAAACAGCCGCAUAGAAGCCACGACGGCACAUGCCACCAGAUGGCCACAUGCGCAAGCAGCCGACAGCUCCGACUUUGACUACGAGCCUCACCAGGGAAAUAUGCAGGACUUGCGCCGACCGUGCCCUCAAAGCACCUCGGACACGCCGGGAAGAGCCGACUACCGAAGUCCACGCCGCGACCCGAGCUCCUCUCGACGACAUCAUCGUUGCCAAACAGAAACCAGCGCCCCGCCUCAGCAAACUACACGGCGAAGAUGCCACCAUCCACGAUGAAGAUGCCGCAAUCCACCAGUCUCCCAGUCGUAGCCGGCUCCGAGACGAUGCCCCCAAGGAGGAGAAAGACGCGAAGACGCCUCCAUCGCCCGACCCAGCGAAUCUGAGGUUUCCCUCCGGAGCCAAAGCCGUGGGGAGAAGGAGCACACCUCCACGGCGACGCUUCCAAGAAAGAUCACGGCACCCGCGGGCACCGCCGUCGCCGGCUCCGAAGAAGGCCGGAGCAAAGAUUUCUCCCGAAGAUGCGCCGACCACCUACCACCACCGACCGCCACCCAUCAGCCACCACCUGCUGAGGCCGACCUCAUUCUUGCCACGGGAUCCCACGAUCCACCGCGACCAGACACGCACCACCCCCUGGCCGAAGCCGCCGUCCACCACCGUAGCCACCUCCACCGCAGCAACCCACGCCGCAUCGCGAAGCGCAGCACCCAGAUCGAUGCACCUUGCACCAGAUCCAAUCGGAGCUGCACAGGCGAAGCAGCAGAGAAGACGAGCAGGAUCUCCCUCCGCAGCACACCUCGCACUCCAGAGGAGCACACCCGCCACGCCAGCUGGUCACCGCGCCCGACGCACGCCUGCAACCACCGCGCCCGGCCAGUCACCGCGCCCCACGCGCACAGCCGGAUCCGAGCCGCCGCUGCGCGAGCGUGCGCCGUCCACACCCCGGCCACAUCAGGAGCCCGGACCGAGGCCGCCGCCCCGGCGCCCCACUCGCCGCCCGCAAGAGGCACGACGCCGCUCCGGCCGCCGCCCUCCGCCCGACGUCGCCCCGCUCAGAGAUCCCCCGCUCGUGAGAGGAGCCGCCCGCCGCGAGAAAAGGAGCCCCGCCGCCGCCUGCUCCAUGAGAGCUUUACCCGCAGGAGGCGCCGGCGACGGCGAGGGGUGGGAUUGGCUUGCUAAUAUGUACAGUAUUGUGUUCCAUGUGUUGAUUGUUGUACUGAUGAGACCUUCGGUUCAGUGGUGUAGAUCAUUUGUAGACUUGAUUGCCGGUAUCAGAGUUCAGGAGGAGCAGCAUCAGUAG